GUUUGUAUCAAGGCAAUCUUGCUGGUUGACUCAUCCGGCAGCCUCAUGCAGUUUUGAGUUGACUCAUCCCGCGGCCCCGUAUGCUGCCUAACGCAGUUUGGACCGCGGCCUUUGUCUACAACAUAAAACAAGACGAACCACCCAAACCCGUAGCUUGAUCGACUUUUUCAAAAGCGAAUAAAAAAACCCACACCCGCGUCCGCAUAUAUUAACCCCGCCCCCUCAACAUGGAGACAUCGCCAAUCUAUUUCUGGGGCGAGACCGGCCAAGAAGGCUACCUCUCCCAGUGGUGGGCCAGAGACCCCUUCACCUCCUCUUCGCCCCCCGUAACCUUCAAGACCGCGGAGCACUACAUGAUGUACGGCAAGGCCCUCCUCUUCGGCGACGGCGACGCCGCGCGGGCGGUCCUCCGGACGGACCACCCGCGCGAAGUGAAGGCGCUCGGCCGCCGGGUGAGGGGCUUCAACGAGGCGCUGUGGAAGUCCCAUAGGGAGCGCAUCGUCCGCGAGGGGAACCUGCUCAAGUUCCGCUGCGCGCCAGAGCUGCGGGAGAAGCUGCUGGCGACGGGCGAGCGGGAGCUGAUCGAGGCGAGCCCGCGGGACCGCGUCUGGGGCAUCGGGUUCAGCCCCGAGGAGGCGCCGUCGACUGACCGGCGUCUGUGGGGUUUGAACCUGCUCGGCAAGGUGUUGAUGGAGGUCAGGGCGGCGUUGAGGGAGGAGCAGGAGAUGGAGAGGGAGAGGGAGGACGGGAAUAGCAGGGCUCGUGCGAAGAGGCAACGAGACUAGGCGCAGGAUGUCGCAGCGUAGGGUGAGGAGCGGACGGUCCUGUCAAGACGGAUGGCGGGAGGGGGACAGGGAGACUGUUCGGAGCUUUGCUUGGGGUGGGGACGCUUGGGUCUCGUGGUAUUACAUCGCAAAUAUGGUAAUCGCCUCUCCUACAACGAGAGACAUCUCUCUUCUACACGUACACACACAUAUAGCCUUCAAGAGCGGUGUUGGUUGUUUUCUUCUCCCUCCUGCCGACCGCGCUUCGCCAUUGUAGCAACAUCGCCCAAUGUUCGCCAGUUCCCAUAUGCCCUCGGAUCUAUUUUUUGUACAAGUAAUAAAACA